AUGGCGAAACUGGCCGCGCCGCCCAACGCUAGUCCCACGCACGCGCGAGCACAGGUGCCUCGCGAUCCACGCCCACGCCCCGGCACACUUCCCAACGUUCGACUCGUCUUGAUCGCCGCAGUGGGACUCGUUGCGGCGGUAGGCGUGCCCUUGUUCCUGACCAAUGCAACGCUGGCGUGGCUUGAGAGUACAGGCACGGGCGCCCUCGGUGUCCCCAUUGUCACGGAGCUCGUCAACAGCGGCUUCACCGUCACCCUCCUGACGCGCGAGGGGAGCACCGCCACGCCGCCUGCGGGCGUUGCCGCCGUCAAGCCCGUCGACUACACGUCGGUCGAGUCGCUGUCCAAGGCCAUUGCCGGCCAGGACGCCGUCGUUUCCGUGCUGGGUUCGCUUGUCGUUGGCGAGCAAGUGCCGCUGGUCGAGGCCGCCGCGGCGCCUGAGAGCACGGUGCGCCGCUUUAUCCCGUCCGAGUUUGGCAUCAAUACGCGCCUGACGCGUGGCCAGCCCAUUGGCCUCAUUCUGGGCGGCAAGACCAAGGUCGUCGAUCUGUUGGAGGAAAAGUCCAAGGCCAAGCCAUCGUUGACCUGGACGGGUAUCAGCAACGGCCACUUCUUUGACUGGGGCCUAGACCGCCAUAUGUUUGGUAUUGACGCCGAGAAGCGCACAGCCACCAUCUACGACUCGGGUAACGAACGCUUCCAGGCCGCCAACCUACCCUUCAUCGCCAAGGCCGUCGUCGCCACGCUCCAACAGGCCGGCGGUAACCCGGCCGACGAUAAGACCGCCAACCAGUACCUACACAUUGCCUCUUUCCUCCCAACACAGAACGAGCUCCUGGCCGCUGUCCAGGAGCUGACGGGCGGCGCCGACGGCUGGACCGUCACACACGUCGACUCGGCCGAGGUCCAGAAAAAAGCCGCCGAAAAGCUGGCUGCCGGCGACUUCUCGGUGUUUGUGGACCUGCUGAGCGUGUGGCAGUAUGCCGACGGCGUGGGCCACGCGCCCGACCCCAACAGCCCCACGUUUGGCAACACUGUGCUGGGGCUGCCGCAGGAGGACUUCAAGGCGACGUUGGCGGCCAAGCUCAAGAAUAGCGUAGAUCCUUUCAAAGGCACCACCGUCGGCUCGCCCGCGUUGCGCACCACCACCCACACCACAUCGGCGCUCGGCGUCGCCGGAGCGUCGUCGGUCCCCGCUUUCGACGUGGCCAGCGCUUCGUUCCGGACCUGGUGCUCCGUCCACGCCGGAAUAAACGCAAAGUCGCCCGCGCUGAUGGUCGUCGUGUGGGGCGGCUUUCUUGCUGACGUGGCCGACUCUCCUUCGUGGUCGUUGUCGUUGUCGUUGUCGUUGUCGUCCUCGUCAAAGUCGUCUGGCAGCGUGGCCAGCACAGCCGUUCCCGACACCGCGUAG